CGGCCCGCGCGCUCGCGCCGCGCCAGUCGGCACACCGCCCGGGCGGGCGCCACACGACCGGGAUCUGCGCAAGCGACCAGCGGCGACGCGAACCAAAAUAAUAUCUGUGAAAUAAACACGUAUCCGCCAAACGCUGAAACAUGCGAGCGCAAGAUUCUGUGAAUUAAAUACGAGUACGUGAACGAGUCUCUAGUGCAGAGGACGAAACGACAGACUGCUUCGAGAGAGCGAUCAGGGUUCAUUGAACCCCUACGACGAAACGAUUCGAGUUGGCGCCGAAGAAGUCUCUUCUCGGCCCCUCGAAAUAUUGUAAAAUCGCUCCGUGACUGUCAGACACUAAAAUAUACCUGCACUACUUCUUGUAUUAUAGCCGUACUAAGAAAACGAAAAAAUCUCGACAGACGCCCUCUAUCAGUGGCCACGACAGAGGGCUGUAAUUUAUCUACAUUUAUAUAUGCAUAUAUAAAAAGAGAAAAAUAGUGAUCUCUAACGUGACGUCACAAUACCAAAAUUGUGAUUAUUUAACUAAUUAAUACAUUAUUUUAAUCGCUUUGCUGUUUUCAAAUCGCAUUUUUAACGCGUAUUGCCCGUUGUAUUGUUAGAUGUUUAUUUUAAAAUUGUAAAUAGCAAGAAUAUACUUAAUCAUAAUAAGUGUGACAUUGCGUAAUGUAACUAUAAUACUAGUCAUUGAUCUAGUGUAUUUAUUUUGGUAAAUUAUCAAUUUUAUAAUCUAUAGAGGAUAAACUAACGUAGAGCUUUCUGGCUAGGUAAAAAAAUAUAUAUUACAAAAAAAAUACUACACUGAAUUGCCCUCGGGCAAUCAAUUACCAAAGAAAAAAAUACAGUGAACUUUUAAAAAGUAAAAGGCAGCCAGCAAAAAAGGCGGGAAGCCGUGGGCAGUACCACAGAUUAACUAAAUAUCUGUUGUAUCGAUUAUCAUAAUCGGCAAGAUGCAGACUCAAGUUGGUGUUGGUAACGAGCUGCAGAGAAGCUAUAGGAUGCAGGACUUUGCAUCGCCUGGCGUCAUCAUGCGGGAGCGGAGCUUCAUCCGCCCGCAGUCCCAUCACAACAUGCAUCAUAACCAGUUCAACAAUGCGAAACGACGGAGCAUGAUUCUGACGAAUGCUAAGGGGAAGCCCACUUUGGAAAUUUAUAGACCUCCCGGUGUCCGCACAGACGGCGUGGCGACCACGGCAGCUACCUCCGGAGCCACCGCGACCACCACAUCAGCAGCGAGCGCCUCCACACCUGCCUCCACCAACAAGCUCAAUGUACACGCUAAGGAGUUCACCAUGGCCAAGCCUGCCGACCUUCACAAUAGGCCGGCGAUGGGCAUCGGGUACGCCAGCGUGGGGCUGCAGCACUCGCGCUCGGCGGUGCUGCAUGCGCAGGUGCCGCCGCACUACCGCCCCGUCAUGCCGCCGCACGCGCUGCUCAACAGCGCCUCCAGCGGGAACGUGCCGCACGCGCAGGCGGGAGGACCACGCGUCCACUUCAAGUUGCAGCCACAGCAAGCUAUCAUUCCGGAAAAGAAGAAGUCUCCCCCGUCCUCGCUGACGAACGGGAACGGCAAGAGCAUCAGACCGCAGUCGUUCACGCCGGGCCUGAAGCGCUCCAAGUCUCUAACGUCAGCAGAUGCACUGGCUAGUGGCAUGGCGGCGUUAGGACUUGCCGCUGAUGCAGGCGAUCUGGGCAACUUCCCGCCAGAGAUACAGGAGUGUAUCGAUAAGGCUCUCGAAGACCCGAACGCGGUCUGCGCCCGCACGCUGAUGGACGCGGUGGGACACCUGGUGUCUCGCGCGGUGGAGUCGCCGCGCUACGCGCUGCCGGCCGCGCGGCGCUGCAUCGCCGUCGUCGAGCGCGAGAGCACCGAGACCUUCCUCGAGUCGCUGCUCAACACCUGCCAGCAGUGGUACCACGACAGGGACAAGCUACUGGGCUCGCAAGUGGGCGGUGGUCGGCCGCGGCUGAUGGCGUUCCUGUCGUUCCUGCUGGAGAUGUACUGCCAGCUGCGGCGCCGCGCCAUCCAGCGCCGCGGCGCCUCCGCGCAGCCCGGACAGGUGCUGCUCACGCUCAUCUGCAAGUGCUGCGAGGACUGCAUCCGCCAGCCCGUGCCCUCUGCCAGCGAUACGGAGAACCUGUUCUUCGUGCUGACGUACAUCGGGCGCGACCUGGAGUCGGUGCUGCCGGGCGAGCUGGAGCGGCUGCUGUCGGCCGUGCGCGACGCCUUCCUCAACUCCGCCGCCGCGCCCUCCAUCCGCCGCACGCUGCUGCAGCUCAUCGAGCUGCACGCCAGCCGCUGGCAGCUGCCGGGCUGCGCCGUGCUCUACUACUACCCCUCCUCCAAGUAACCGCCCCUCCAGCAUCGCGGCAUAUACCCUGCUCCUUGGAGACUUGAUAUGAUCUUCAAACAGUACUGCGGCACCGGCGAGACUAGCUGAUAACGCAGUUACGUCACCAGCUGCUGCAUGACUAUCUAGCGUAGUCAAACCAAUGGCGCCAACGUCUUCUGGGAGCCCGGGGCCUUGUAAAGCCUUCACAAUGUCGGCUUCCUCCAUCAUUAGAUCAGCAAUGCAAUGAUGCUGAUGCAUGAUAACUUGGUGAACGUCAGAUGCGGAAUCUGUGGUCCUUUUGUGCGGAAAUACUUCUGUACUAUCGUACUAAGUGAAAUCGUGUUUGGAGAAGUUGUUGUUUUGAACAAAAUCCCCAGUGUUUUAAACCUAGUGAAUUUUGGGAGCAAAUUGUUAUUUGUAAUGCCUACCCCACACCCGCUUUACGCACGUUGCUUUGUUAGCCUCGAGUCCCUAGUUGUGGACAGUACGUCUAGUAGUUGCAAAUGUUUUCGUGUUCCGCGAUUAUGUACAUUGCGAAGAUAUUGUUUACGCGAUGGGUUUCCUGCAACCUGACGUACUGCUCAGCUAGGACCAACACGUACCUAGAUGGCUUUAUCGAGAUAUUUGGUCCUUGCAUGAAGGACACCAGCUGUACAGUCUGUAAAAUCUUAGCGUACUUUGGGAUCUACCACAUUGUACCUUCAUAAGGUGGCUAGUACCCUACUGUGCCGUAGACUAAACUGUGUCGUAUCUUAAGUUAGCAAGUACAGCUACAUGAGAUUUAGUUCUUGGCGACUGCUGCUGGUGGUGGUUAGAUCUUCGGUCAAAUCCUUUGCCCCCUGUAAAUUAUUUGGUAAAUAGCGAUAACAUGCUAAGUUUCCCAGUCCGAGGGGUACGUUAUUAUUCUAUAGGGAGUAAUUAUGUUAGAUUAGUAUACAAAGGUUACAAGCAUUUGUUGUAGUGUUUGAUUUGUUUCAGUUUGACCUUCCUAGCGUUGCGUUAGUUGUACAGGAGGUCUCCAAUUGUUGUCCCUUAUACGUAUCGUAGGCAUGAUGCUGCCAUAAGCUCAUUUAUUGUGCCUUUAAAGAUUUUAGUAGUUAUAGACACGCUCUACUCGCUCCCGAGACAAUAAUAAAGUAUUUUGUAAUAUUAAUCGGUCGUAAGAGGCUCGGGAGCGGCAGAUCGUAACAAUUAAAAUGUAAGGUGUAGUUUAGCUUAAGGUGGAUUUAGUAAACUCAAGAUAUGCCUUGAAAGUAUUAAACAGUACGUGUAACAUAUAUAGUAGGACAAAACGUCGAUGUACAUUACUGUACGAUCUUCGCAUAGUAUUUGGUGCAUUGUACCCUUUGUCGGUUGUGUCUAACUGUAGCUCACGCUUGUAGACUCGUUUGCCUAGCAGCUCGCACUAUACUAUACUCUGGUGUUAGUUUAUUUUCUAUUAGCCUAGACAUCCCAAUUAUGCAAAUGUACACUAAAUUGUAGAUGAAUCUUAUCAGCUUACUUACACAAAGAUCAUAUGAAUGUAUGACUGAACUUCCUAAGUAUGAAGUGUUUCAAUUUAUUAUGCUUGUGAUAUUAUAAAUUUAAGUUAUAUAAUCUCUGAUAAUAUCUCUUCUGUCCUAACCAAAGACUGUACUGACGAUGUGGAGAUUCAUUAUGAUUAUUAACAAAAGUGUAAACUCAAUGUUGUUGAAGCUGGACCAAAUUAUCUUGUGCGUGGUGGCGCCUGUAACCGCCGCCACCGCGCAUCUCUUCAGUGACUAUUAUAAGUUCAUUUAGUUGUAGACGUACGUCGCAUCACCAUUAUAUAACUAAUAAUUGUUUAAAUUAGUUAAUUACGUUUUAUGGAAAAAGUUAAAAAGACCAUAAACUUUUCGUUAUUACUAUGCAUUCGUAGCAAUAUAAGGUAAUGGUAUGUUUGUAGAAAAGUCGAAAAAAUAAAAAAAAAUGGUGCUAACAAAAAUAUUGGUGUAUUGUAUAUUAUUUAAUAGAACACGGGCAAUAACUUUGUUCUCGUUACCGCUAUAAUUUUGUACGAAUAAAAACAUAAAAAUGAUAUAUAACCAAUAAAUUAUAUAAAUACAA